AUGUACAAAUAUAAUGUCGGAAUCAGGCGACUUCUUGGCACAUCCGCUAGAAGAUUCGAAGCGGUGACUCCACAAAAUUCAAAAGCAGUCGUUCUUGAAGGUGAGGCGAGAAGGAGAGAGCUUGAGGCUUUGCGUAGACAGAAGAGGUUCGACUUAUGGACGAUCGAAGGCCAAGAGCGAGUACGGCAACAGCUCGGCCCAACUCAAGAAAAUAUUAAAACUCAAGCAGAGAAGAUAAAAUCCAUGAAGUUAAAAAAUGAUCCGGACGUAAAAGAAGAAGUAACGAUAUUAAAGAAAUUGAAAAAGGAACUCGAAGACCUUGAACGCGAAAUUCUUCUGGCUGACGACUUCUUCGACUCCGCUGGCUUCGUUCAAACUAUUAAAAACCGGUUUAUUUAUGCUCAAAGUGGAGAGAUUUAUGGCGGAGGAGCGGGAUUAUACGACUUUGGGCCGCUUGGAACAAAGUUGAAGAAUAACGUCAUCAAUGCAUGGAAAAAAAUCUUCGUAAAUGGCAAGCCAACUGUUUUUGAAAUUGACACGGCAAUCAUGACGCCCGAGAAAGUUCUUCAAGGAUCUGGCCACACCGAAAAAUUUGCCGAUAUGAUGGUGAAAGAAAUCAAAACUGGAGAAUUUUUCAGAGUUGAUCAGCUGCUUUCUUCAAAGAUCGAGAAAGAAAGAUCUUCAAAUAAAUUCUCCGCAAAAGAGCUUGAAGAAGAUCUUUUGUUGGUGGAAUCGCCAGACCAUUCAGUCAUUGAAAAACUACUGAGGAAAUAUUUCGGCGAAGGGGUUUUCUCAGCGCCGACGAAUUUCAAGCUGAUGUUUUCUUGCAAACUUGGACCGGACGAAAGUGGUGAUAAUUUCGGUUUUCUUCGGCCGGAAACAAGUCAAGGCGUGUACACAGUGUUCCCAAGGAUACUCCAUCACAAUAACGGAAACUUGCCAUUUUCAGUCGCUCAAAUUGGAACAUCAUUUCGAAAUGAGAUCAAAGCUAGUGGGGGCCUACUACGUUGCCGAGAGUUUCAGAUGAUGGAAUUGCAGCAUUUCUACGAUCCUAAAGACGAUGAUAUCAAAUUAAAUUCGCCAGAGCUUGAGCAAGUAUUGCCUGUUCUUUCGAGAGAUGCUCAAACAAGCGGUCGUAGCAUUCAAGCGCUCAAAGUCGAUGAGAUUCUUCAGUCUGGGAUUGUUAGCUCGCCAAUUUUAGCAUCAUAUCUGGUCAAGACUUUUCAAUUUCUGAUGACUCUCGGAAUCGAUCAGUCGAAGAUCAGAUUCAGACAGCACCUGGAACACGAGCUUGCGCAUUAUGCUAAAGAUUGCUGGGAUUUGGAAAUAAUGACACGGCAGGGCUGGAUAGAGUGUGGAGGAUUGGCUAAUCGUGGCUCUUAUGAUCUUAAAAAUCACGUUGAGGCGAGUGGAACAAGUCUGAUGGCAGAAAGGCAGCUAACAGAACCUAAACCGGUAAAAAUCUAUGGAAUCAAAGUCAAGGCUCCGAAAAAGUUCAAAAAGACACCGGAAGUACUCAAAUUCGUCAAGAGCAUGAACCAGGAGCAGAUUCAAAGAAUAUCAGAAGAUGAUUCUGAUUUUAUCGAAAUCGAGGGCGUCUCAGUUGCGAAAAACGAACUAUUGAUAAAAGAAGAAAUCAGAAAUGUUCAAGUGGAGUCUUUUUAUCCUGAAGUCAUUGAACCGUCCUUUGGUCUUGGAAGGAUUCUAGUUGCGCUUCUUGAGCACAACUUUCAGCAGAGAGAAGUUGAUGGGAGAAAGUUCUUCACCUUUCCACCCGCUCUUGCACCAUACAAGACUUCCGUUAUGACGAUUGUCAACAUCAAAGAAUUGGAUGAAAAAGCUCAUUCUAUUUCAAAAUUAAUUUGUGAUCAACUGUCCGCUUUGAAUGUUGAUUAUCGGUCAGACACUGGAGGAAAAACUAUCGGCAGAAAGUAUAGUUUGAUUGAUGAAAUUGGAGUUCCGUAUGGGGUUGUCAUCGAUUAUGAUACCUUCAGAUACUCUCCUGCCACAGUUUCUCUCCGGGAUCGUGACACACUCACUCAACUCCGGAUUAAUGUCAACGAAGUCGCUCCAUUGAUCCAUCAACUUACCAAUAAUGAAAUUUCCUUCGCCCAGGCAGAGAAAAAGUACCUCUGGCAAGAAGAGUUUUUGGACAGUCCAGACCAAUUUACGCUUCGCGAAAACUUCAAGCGCACUACAAACGGGAUGAAGUAUUCUGAACCCGACGUUGGAAAACUUCUCGCCAGUUUGGCCGAUGUUGCAGUCCAGCUUGGAAAGCCAGAGCUUUUGAUGCAUAUUCAUAACUUUAAAAGAGACAUGAACUAA